GGGAGGGGGGGCAUCCAUCCUUCCGCAGGGAGCGCGCCUCCGCUGGAUCUCCUCUUCUCACCGUCACACCCACUAGCUCCGUGUCGUGGGUUCACCCCGCGGAGAAGGGGAGGACCAUCAGCUCACGCAGCGGCAGCGAGUGCUGCAGUGCGAGCGCAGCAGGAGACCCAGAAGGGAGGAAACACACUCACACACACACGCACUCACACACGCUCGUGCACAUAUCAAUAACGUAAUUGCCGAAACUUGGUUUAUGGAGAGAUCUGCAACAGCGCCGCAGCGACGCAGGCCGACAUGGAAGAGUAUUUGCGGAGGGUCCAGAGCAGAGUCGCGGCAGAUCUGUCAGACAGUCCCAUCCAUGUGGUUUUAGGUGGACCAGAGCCAAAUGUCGACACUGUGGCUGCAACACUGUGCUUAGCUCUGCACCUCAACCUGGAGGAAAAAUCUGGUGGACUGUGUGUGCCGGUGCUGUGCAGAGGUCCAUGCCACACCGUGCUGCCUGAGGAAACUCUAAAGUUUUUGCAGAGGGUAAACAUCCCUGAUAGUUUGCUGCUGUGGAAAGAACAUAUAGCCCUGGUGGAUCUUCAUCAAGCUGAGAGGCUCUCACUCACUCUGCUUAGAGAUGGAUUGCUCAAAAGCUCUGAGUACCACAUCCUGGAGUCCAGCAUUCGGCAAGUGGUCCAUCAAAACGUGCGGAGAGAUGCAGGGGGUGAUGGGAGACUGUCCGCAGUCACAACAGUCGCCAGGAAGAUUCUUCAAGAAGCAGCGGAGCACAUCAGUGCGGCGCUGAGGGAGGUUCUCGGAGAGGCUCUGAAGCUGCAGAGAGACGUGUGGUGGACCGAACACGGCUGUCAGUCCGAGGAGCUGGAGGAGCUUGUGAGAUGUUUGGAUCAGUGGGAUGACUUCAGUGUUGAGCAACAGAGUGACAUGAAUCAACAAGAACCGAUGCUGCAGCUGACGACGAAGCUGAGGGAGUUUUCUGACGGAGAGACCACCAUCGCGAUCACAUCCCUGGCCACAGACGAGGAGGGAUGGCAUGGCUAUGUGGACGGGCUGAAAGCAUUCACCCAUCAGCAUGGCUAUGACGGUGUCGUGGUCCUCCUGUCCAUGCAGGAUGCAGUGCACCAUCCUCGCCAGCAGGUGGCUGUCUACUCCAACAACUCACAUGUCUUCAACCAGAUCUGCACUGAGCUAGAGGAGUCCUCCUCUUGGUCUCUGUCGGCUGAACCGGGAGAUGGAGAAAGUCUGCAAGUCUACCACAUUCCUAUAAACUCGUCUGCAUCUUCUGGCAUUCCUUAUGUGCUGGAGGAGGAAAUCCAGAACCUCCUCAAGGACUUUAUUAACCGGAGGAGCUCCGUAUUAGCCUGCCAUCCCAGCAGCAGGACCUCCUCCACGGAGGGGGUGGCAGGCAGCGUGGAGUUCUCUCAAGGGUCGUCUGGUAUCAAUGACAUGGAUGGUUCUGACACAGAGAGAGCAGAGGGCAGCAGUGAAAAUGUGGCUGUUGCAAGGGUGAUGGCAGAUGGGGAAGAGGAGAUGGGCGCUGUGGGAGUCAGUGCUGCAGAGCCGUUAAGCCCUGAUAGCGGUAUGACCACCAUUCGCAGCAGUCGCUCCUCAAAGGAGAGCUCAGUGUUCCUCAGCGAUGACAGUCCGGUGGCGGAGGUCUUAGCAGGAGGAGGCGCAGCUGCGGGGCCAGUAGGACUCUUUCUAAGGAGUCUGUCUCCUCUGGGGUUGUCGUCUCUCUCGCCGCCUGUGCCCCCUGAGAGAAGGAAGCACCGUUCUAGCAAAAAAAGCGGCGACACCUUUGACCUGUUCAGUUUUGACCCAUUGCACAACAGUGACCCGCCAGCGAAAGAGGACACGCAAAAUUCUGAGGGAGGAGUUGAAGGGGCGAGAAAAGCAGGAAGCUCCAGCUUCUCAGAACUCGAUGAGCUAAGUUUGGUAGAUUUCUCUGCGCCCAACUCAAUAGGAGGGCUUGAAAGUGGAAAUUCGUCAAUCGACCACCAGGGAUUACUUCUUGGGAAUGAGAUCACGGACACCAUGGUACCCCCAACACCAGUGAACAGCCUGGCGGGCAGUCGUCCACCCAGCAGCUGUGGCCUCAGGUUCUUCCCUGAAGAUGUCAUAGAAAGGAUCAAUGGUCUGCAGUGCAAAGACAGCACGUCCUCAUCGUUGUCAGAGACCUGGGAUGAACUUAGCUUUGACGCACAGGGAGUCUUGUCUUCAGGCGAUAACAGGCCUAAAGACUCUGGAAGUCCUCAGAAUGUCAUGAAUGAAGUUAGCAAAGCUUCAGAAAAAGAAAACGGAGACAUCUUAAAAUCUGAUAGUUCCCAGCAGAGGAUAGGAAGGCUCGAGCCUCAGCUGAGUUUGAUCAUUGAUACGAGUCCAUCACAUGAAAACUGGAAUCCAGACUCUGUGCUCAGGGAUCAGUGGAACACCAUAUCUUUACAUGAUCUUCAACUGACACCUCCAGACGAUGAUGUCACUAGAAAAAACAAACCUGCCAUUAUUGUAGGUAAAGGGAGUCCCCCCAUAACAUCAAAAAAGAAAAUAAUUUUAAACACUUUAACGCCAGAGACAUCCAAAGAAGAGGAUGAAGGUGUACAAAGCAAAAAGGGGACACAGCAGCUGGAGCUUCUGGACUUCUGGACUUAUUCAGCUCAGAAAGGAUUUCUCAAGUCUGACAGUGGAACCACCACCUCCUACCCAGAAUCUCUAGACAUGUGGAACAGGACAAUCAGGGACGACAGCUUAUCACCGCUCACGACCCCAGAGAAUUUAUCUGAAAACUCUGGUUCCUUUUCUUCAUUUAAUCUCACUGCUAUGAAAGACACUUCUGUGGAAAGUUCACACGGAUAUUCCGACACAGGGAUGAAGAUGUGGAACACUACCAUACAGGAAGACAGCUCUUCCGCAACAAGCAGUCCUGAAGGCCAUGACAACGAAAAACACUUGAGUCAUGUUGGAUCACCGGACUCUCUUGAGGCUCGUGUUUGUAAAGACAGUGAUCUGUCUCCUGUGCCUGAAGAUGUUGAGUGGAGAAACCAUGAUUUCAACGUGAGGAUUGUAAUCGAAGCUGUAGAUGGCGGAACACAAAGUGAGGAACUAGAAAACAAGGAAGUCUUAGAGGGUUGUGCCACUAAACCUGCUGAAGAUGACUUUCCUGCUCACCAAAGCAACAACCUGUGGGAUCUACCAGUCCCCACCAUGGUGACGUCUACCUCCGAGUAUGACAAUAUUGGAGCUGGAGCAUGGAGCCAUGCAUCUUCACCUGAAAACUAUGGCAGUCCGGGGGUCGAUAUGAUCCAGCUUGAAGCUCAGUCCAGCCCAUUUUUAGUUUUUACCAAACCUAUACAGACAGAUGAGUUGAUAAAUCAAGACCAGACUGCUGAUUCUUCCAGACAGACAGAAUCCACUGCAGAUAGGGAGCAAACAGCCAAGCAGGUGUUCCUGUUUGAUUGUGGUAUAGACAAAUGUGCAGAAAGUAAGUAUGAGAGCAUCAGCAAAGAGGAAAUAGAGGAGAGUCUCUGGAUGGAACAACCUGGAGAUCGUUCCCCUUUUGUGUUGCUGGAACAUCUCACUGCCACGCAGCAAAUUUCAAUGACAGAAGAAUCUGAUUUAUUAUCUCCUCUGUAUGAUAACAUUUUAUACAACAAAGAUGAAAGCCAAGAAGGAGAAAAAAACAAUGAAAACAUUGAGGGAGGAAUCAAAGAAACUGUAUCCCCAAGCAUCCAUCCAGACAUGGAGGUAGAUGCAUUCAGAAACCCAAUCAGAUCUGACUCGGGUGAGUUACAUUCUCAUGGAGAUCCCCUCUCAGGUUUGGAAAUGGAAUACAUUGUGGUGCCAGACACUAAUAGAGAGGGGUCUAACAGUUGCGAUCAGCAAUUAAAAGGAUUAAGAAAAUCCUUGGAGGCCUUCGGCAUGCUGUCUUAUGCUGCAGCAGUACUGAAAAAUCAAGGAGAAGCUGCACAUCAAAAACAGCUUCAGACUUCACUGCAAAGCACUGAGGACCAAAGCAGAAGUGGGAACUCUGGUUCCUGUGCAGACACAGACCUAAAUCAAGCUAUCUCCACUAUUCAACACCAAGCUAGUCUUGACGAUACCAUCGAGCAUGAGCUGGUGCCUGAAACAAUCGCACCAUCUAAAUCAAACUCCGAAGCUCUCCAACAAACAGAUUCCAAACCAACAGAAGACGCAAGUCAUGAAAGUGAGUCCAGCCCAGUGGCUCGAAGUGUAUCUCCAUCAUUAAGAUAUCCGUCAGAUCACUUCCUGAAAACCAGGGAAGAAGUGUACGUUCAUUCCCAGAUAUCGAUGGAGGAUUCCGAUGAGGGCGGGAUGUCACCCACUGCACCGCCAAAAAGUGCCACCUCCUUGGGUGACUUUCACGCCUGGGGAGAACAACUUUUGAGACAAGGUUCAUCUCAAAAAACAUCUGAGCCACCAUCCCUCACUAACAGUACGAACUCCCAGAACAGCUCUGCGAUUGGCACUCCAUUACAUGAGUUGUCUCCAGAAAAAAGCCUUGGUUUACCAUUCUCUGGAGAUUUAAUGGAAGAGGAGAACGAUGAAGACGACAACGAAGAGGAAGCAAACACAGAUUGCUCAUGCUUUCCAAAAUGGACUCCAGUCGUACAAAGAAAUAAGGGAGAUGUGAAAGAGUUUGGAUCUUCUGACCUGCUCAGCUUUACCGAGGACCAAGCUGGAGGUUGUUCAUUUCAACCAAAAGAUUCACAGACACUGCAGACAGAUAGAGAUAGCUUUCUACUGAACAGAGACGAUCAUUAUGACCAACAACCUGUGAAGAUAGGCAAUUAUGAAGAAUGGCCUUCUCAGCAACAUGCUGGAGAAUAUGAUGCGUCUAGAGAUCCAUAUUCAUUUGUUUUAAGAAAUCACCAGGAUAUGACCUCGGCACCGCCACCCCAGCCAACCAAUGACAAUGCUCCAUACCAGUGGGCAGGGGGUCAGGACACAUCUCAAGUCCAAAGCAAGUAUGGCUACAACUACCAUCACAUCGAUCAAAGAACUGAAAACCCAUACGCCUACGCUUACUCAUCCUGUGGAGAUCCCAAACCUGACAGCCAGCAGGAAACCAGUCACGUCUACGCUGAGUUUACAACUGAUCCCCCAGCUGUACAGUACACAUCCGAGCGUCCCGAGAACUAUUUUGAAACGGGAGCUAAUCCCCAGUGCAGCCCAGAUGACACACGCUUCAAGUAUCAGACCAAAGCUGAACAUCAGCAUGAGUCAGGCCGUUCUCAUGCUCACAAUGAGAUGGAGGAUCAUGCUCAGUACGUGUCAAAAGGAUACGUUGACGUUUUGUCGAGACACUCUCAGCAAGAAGUAGAUGCAACCGAGAUGAUGUUGAUGAAGACGGCCUCCUGUGAGGAGCUGGAUAACAGAGAAGAUCCUCCGUCAUCCGUGGACACAUCUGGAGGGUCUAACCAGCGGAGGAAGUUGGCUGCUCCUCCUAUGGAUGUGUCGUUGGACCACAGUGAGGGGUCUCUGCUCUCGGAAAAUGCUCUGGACACCGAGGACGAGGCGCUGGACACGGGGGACGACCUGGAUGUGAACAUCGAUGAUAUGGACACGCCUGAUGAAGGCGACUCGCUGGAGUUCAGUGUGAACGCAGACUCCGCUGAGGAGUCCCAUGCGGCUGCAGGAGCAGCUCCCUCUGCUUCCCGCCAUGGAGCAGCAGAGGAGAGCAGAGGCAGCCGGCUGUGGAGGAGCGUCCUGAUCGGAGAGCAGGAGCAUCGCAUCGACAUGAAGUGCAUCGAACCGUACAAAAGAGUUAUUUCUCACGGAGGUUACUAUUCUGAACAGAAUGCCAUCAUAGUGUUCGCUGCAUGUUUUCUGCCUGACAGCGACUGUGACAACUAUAGCUACGUAAUGGAAAACCUUUUUCUGUAUGUAAUUAGUACGUUAGAACUGAUGGUAGCAGAAGAUUACAUGAUUGUGUACCUGAAUGGUGCCACUCCUCACAGAAGGAUGCCAGGGUUCACAUGGAUGAAAAGGUGCUACCAAAUGAUAGACAGAAGACUCAAGAAGAACUUGAAAAUGUUCAUCAUUGUUCACCCUUCCUGGUUCAUUCGGACAUUGUUGGGAAUCACCAGGCCCUUUAUAAGUUCCAAAUUCAGCAGUAAGAUCAAGUAUGUGGGAACUCUGAGGGAGCUUGGAGAACUGAUACCGAUUGAGUAUAUCCACAUUCCACCCAGUGUCCUGAAAGUCGAUAAGGGACGCUCAGCUGAUUGAUGGGACUGCUGCCCACUUCCUCCCUGCAUUAUGCUGCAUUCUUUACCACAGCAUGUCUUGAACAUGAAAGCCGGCCUGCAGCAUGAUCUGUAUGGCACAGAACAUAAAAAAUAUGGGUCCAAACUGAAAAAUGCUGUGUUUCAAACAUCAGGUAUUCACGUGUACUUCGAGGAGAGUUGUAUGGCUGCUCAUCACAAUACAGUAAUCCUGUAUUGGCACUGCAGAGACUGUCACUGUGCUGGAGGAGAAAUGCUUUGUGUAUUUUUACACCAAACAUCACUUGACUGUGUUUGCCAUAUCCCUUUCUUAUAUAAAACAACUUUUUUUUUUUAACUUAGGUGAGUUUCCUCAUGUACUAACAAUAAAACUAUGAUAGUAAAAACUAAAACUUGUAAAGCAGCAACAUUUUCAACCAGACGUUUUAUUACAUUCCAUCUUUCUUUCUCCCUGGAAAAUAAAAUUGUUGAACUGUUAGAUUAUGACUAGAAUGUUAAAUGUUUCUCUAUUUAGGGUAGAGUAUAAUCUUAUGUAUUCAAGGUCUACAAAACUAUACUUGAGUCAUAAUUUUGUAAUGUUCUCUGUUGAGGGGGUUUGCACUUGAGUGAAAAAGCUGGUACAUUUAUAGUAGCAAAAUAAAUCCUCUCAAGCCUUUGAUUUGGUCGCAGUAAGUUAUCUAACUGAUUUGAAUAGAAAACUAUUUCAAAUUUCUGAUAUUUUCAGUAGUUUUUAUUGCCUGCAGUGGACAAAAAUACUUCAUUUUGUUGUCCAGUCCUGAGUUUAAUCUUUCAAAGAAUAUAUCUUACUUUUAAAACUGCAGGACUAGUUCGGAGCUGCAGCAACUAUUCGACAUAGUCUUAAAAAAACUGUGUGAUUAGGGGGACAGUUGUGUGUAAAAGUGCCUGCUGUCUGUUUUCUUUGUAUGUCUUUAUUUGUUGUAAACCAGUUUACUUCAUUAAAAAUGGUUUCCUCUGUUAUUUGUCUUUGUUUGAUUUUUAAUUGCAGUGAAUUCAUUAUUUGGCCUUGCUGGAAUGCUGCUUUACGUAGAAUUGUUUCAGUUUUUAUUUCUCGCUUUUUUUAAUUUUUGAAAUGAUUUUAAGCUGGUCUGUAAAUUAAUGUGGUUGUUUAUUUUCUCUGGAGACUCUCAAUGUGUAAAGGCACCAACAAUGUUGGCAUUCUCUUUUGUUGAAAAUAUCUGCAGAACACAUAAAAGUAACGUAAAGCAGUUUGGUCGCAACAUAAAGUUCAACUUCCAGGGAAGGCACAUCAAAGCUUAUUAUGAGAGAAGCUUAAAGGGGCCAUACCAUGAAAAAAAAAAAAAAAA